AUGUUUGAAACUAGAUUCAUCGCGACUACUUUCACACAGGGUAGCUUGAACCUUGUAAAUGCACCUAUCAUUAUUGAUGCGGAUGACUUUGAGGGUGUUCGCAUUGCUGCCGACACGUUAUCGAAGGACUUCGCAAAGGUUUUAGAAGAUCAUAGCAAUCCUGUGAUUACCGGCUCUUCGUACGAGACCAAUUCCGCGGUAAUAAUUGGGAGCAUUUUGAAAUCGAGAAUCAUACGCUCUCUAAUCGAGGAGGAGAAACUUGAUAGUACUUCCUUGUCAGGGCAAUGGGAGUGCUAUACCACCCAGUUGAUUGAACAUCCAAAGCCUGGUUGUUCCAGGGCUCUGGUUAUUGCUGGGAGUGACAAGAGUGGAACGAUAUUUGGUCUCUACACCCUCUCUGAGCAGAUUGGCAUCUCGCCGUUCUACUACUGGUCUGAUGUUCCUUCGAAGCGCACUGGGGAGCUUUGGGCUCUAAAUAUUCCAACGCGCAAGGGCCCGCCUAGUGUCAAGUACCGUGGGAUAUUCAUCAAUGAUGAGGCCCCGUCGCUCACUGGGUGGGUCAAUGAAAAGAUUGGACCGAAAUUCAACGUGGAGUUUUACAAGAAGGUGUUUGAACUUCUCCUGCGACUCAAGGCCAACUUCCUCUGGCCAGCCAUGUGGUUUGGCUAUCCUCAUCCAGGACAGAGCUUCUUUGUUGAUGACGCUUUAAAUCAAGAGACUGCUGAUCGAUAUGGCAUAGUGAUUUCUACCUCUCAUCAUGAGUCAAUGCAGCGUGCCGCCAAUGAAUGGUUCUCAGAACCUUACAACGAGCCCGAUGGAAGCUGGUCCUGGUAUAAGAACAAAAAAAAGAUUACACAAUUCUUCAAAGAAGGCGCGGAACUUGCCCAGCCACACGAGGGUUAUAUCACAUUUGGAAUGAGAGGGCAAGGCGACCGCAAGAUUGAGGCUAUUGAUGCGACGAAAGCGUUGCAGGAGGUCAUUCACACGCAGAGAUCGAUCAUUAAAGAGUCCCAUGACAGGCUUAUUGCAUUGUACAAAGAACUCCUCACACAGUAUGAGAAAGGUCUUCAGAUCCAGGGCGAUGUGACUCUACUUCUAGCGGAUGACAAUCAAGGAACAAUUCGUCGUCUUCCCGUUGACAAGGAGAAAAGUCGCUCCGGUGGGGCCGGUCUCGAUGAGACUUAUCAAAAUGGUGUUGACCGAAUCUGGAUUUUCAAUGUUGGCGACAUCAAGCCAAUGGAAGUACCAAUGUCCUUUGCGCUAAUGAAAGCCUGGAAGAUAGACGCGUUGAAACCCUCUCAGCUCCCAGAAUUCUUUGAAGAGUUCAUUAAGACACAUUUCGAAUUUGACGAAGAUGGGGUCCGAGAAUGUGCAGAGCUUCGUCUCGGCUAUGAUCAACUGAUGGCCCUUAGUAAACACGAAUUCAUCGAAGCCGAAACCUUUUCAGUGAUCAAUUAA